AUGUUCCUCUACCAUCUCGAUUUGACUACCGCAUUGCGACCGUCGCUUCUUCAGGAUGAAAGCUUAUUAUACGUGCAAGAUGUAGUGGGGUUGUAUGAGGGGAAAUACAAGAUACCCCAGUAUCAGAAUGGACAUGCAUAUUUGACAUCACAUCGUGCGUGUUAUGUCGAUAAUGAAGAGCCGAGGCGCAACAGCGUAGCUGUAAACCUCAAGGAUGUUGACCGCGCCGAUUUCUACGCUGGGUUUCUGAAAUCGUCUGCGAAAGUCAGCAUGUUUCCGAAGGCAUCGAAGCAUGGACUCGGCCAGUUUCAUACUCUCCAAAGCCAUAAUACAAGGCACAGUCCUUCAACAACACCGACUUCUCAGUCCAGUCCCCUAAGACCGCUGACCCCAGCUCCUCCACCUGCGCCUGCAAACAUCAACGCUACUUGGAUCUGUCCUAUAUGCUCCUUCUCAAACCCGGUACCGUCAAAUUUCGACGCAGCCACGGCUAAUGCACGCACACCUCUUCCACCAUGUCUCGCUUGCGGUAUCAAACCACCCUUGAUCACCGUCACAAAGGCAGCUUUGUCUGCGCUAUCCAACAGACCUGUGAAGCAGCAUAUAUCAAGCAAGAUGGAAUUAAAUUCGGCUUUAGAGUCACCUGACUGCGCGCGUGUUUCUGCCCUACUGUCGACAGAUUCCAUCCAGUGUGCACGCUGUACCUUUCAAAACCAUCCUUCAUUGAGUACUUGCGAGAUCUGUGGGGCCUCAUUGGGAUCCAAGGCGGAGAGCCGUACGGGCUUGGAGCAACACUCACAGAGAUCAGAAUCGCCCGGCCCAUCACUACCAGGACCGUUAUCACAAGAUGACUCCGUCGCAUGUAUCAGGUUUUCUUUCCGUGCCGGGGGCGAGAAGGUCUUCUAUGAACGACUCAAGACUGCAUUGACUCAACGCAAAUGGCUUUUGCAAAACGCACCUCCGAUACCAGCGCCUAGCCCUAGCCCCGGAAUUUCAGGUUCAGAUCAGCUCAGUAAGACUAGAUUUGAUCAAGAUGCCCGCUCUCGAGGCUUUGGCAUAGCCGGUCUGGAAAGAAGAGGAUUUGAGCAAAUGAAGAAUAACGAAGUCGUCAUUGGGACUGCGUUUGAAGAUCUGGAGGCGCUAAUGACAUCAGCGAAGGAGAUCAUUGCUUUGGCAGAAUCAUUCGCGUCCCAGGCCAACAUGAAUACAAAUGGCUCAUCCGAAGUUGAUGCCGCAUUGUCUCAGUCUCUCUCUGAAUUGGGCCUUGCCACGACUAGGGACAAGCUGAGCUCGAAGUCGGAGUCGUUGUAUAUUUCCGAACUCUCUAGAAACAUGGCUGAAUUUCUGACUGAUGACAAACGGGGAAUUCUUCGUAGAGAGGGCGGGAUAAUGACGCUUGUCGACCUUUGGGCCGUGUUUAAUCGGGCUCGAGGAGGCGUUGAGCUUGUCAGCCCUGCGGAUUUCGAAAAAGCAGCUCAGAUGUGGGACACUCUCAGGCUACCUGUAAGACUUCGCAGAUUCAAGAGUGGAUUACUUGCAGUUCAGGGACGCGACAGGACUGACGAGAAAACGAUUGCCAGCCUUUUGAAUUGGCUGAAGAGGAGGCAUCAUGAACCACCAUCGGGAGAUGUUGGAUGGGAUUGGAAUCUAUACGGUAGGGGAAUCACAGCCCAGGAGACUGCGGAAGAGUUUGGAUGGAGUGUUGGUGUUGCAACCGAAGAGUUGGAAAUGGCAGAGGAACACGGUGCUUUAUGCCGAGAUCAGGACUUUGAUGGACUCCGGUUUUGGGAGAAUCGGUUUCUGGUGGAACCUCCUCAGCCGUAG